AGCUACCGCACCCAAACGCAAUAUAUUGUAAGGCCUGGUGUUGGUAGUGGGUAUUGGCGUCUGAGCGGUGGGAGCUGGGCCAUCGCGGGGCAGCGGACACCAUUUUCAUAGCUGGGAUCGCGGCCAAAGGGGGCGAGGACAGCAGUGCAUAGCUGGUGCGGUGGCCAUUGCGGGGACCGGGACAGCAGGGUUUAUAGCUGGGACAGCACUUCGAGGCUGGGACAGCAGGGAGGGUUUAGAGUUUUAGUUUAAUAUGUCUGGAACGGAGGAGGACGCAACUCUGAGCGCGAGGUUGGAUGAGGCGCUACGAGCUAUAGAGGCAAGACUGAGACGAAGGAGGCCAAAGCUGAGACGGAGGAGCUUAGGGCAUCACAGCGGCGGUCUGCGGGUGCACCUGCCGGCAGCAGCUCAGGAGGCGACGGUCUAGUUGCUCCUGGAGGGGCUUCAUCUGCACCGGUGAGGCCAAUGUGGCCAGGCGGGGUGAGUCAUGAUGGCGGUACUGGGGUGCCGGGCUUGCCUCUGGGAGGUACAAUUGUCAGAACUCCUGUGCCUAGAAUCCCGCCUAAUUGCACCGCCGACACUUUUCUCAGUUGGCGGAGACGCUUUCUGGCCUACGUGGACAACCACAAUCUCCAGCACACAAUCUUCGGCAGUGCUGAGGUUCCCGUUGUCAGUUGUCAGGAUGAAGGAUACUUGACACGCCAGUAUGG